GGCCAAUGGUUUAUCAGGCCGCCGCUGCCUCUGUGUCAAGGAUCAACCAGCUGAACCCUGGACCAAGACUCUACAGAGCCUCACACGCCACUGUGCACAGGAUCAGCCGGCUCAACAGGUCCCAUGAGCUGCUGCUGGAGCUGGUCGUCAGGGAGACGCAGUGUGGGCGGGCGCUGAUGAGACAACUGGACCGAUGUGCCAUCAGACCAGGACCUGCCGUGUUGUGCUUCAGUCUUGUCCAAGUGUCAACUAACCAGACUGCAGUCAAUUUCCUGAGUUGCAGCCAAUCAGGAGGCGGCUUCUCCAGCUCUAGCUCCACCUCCGAAUCUUUAGAGAAUGGCUUCCGACUGCCGCCGCCUCUGAAGCCGCCCAUCAUCAUCAACGUUCCUCGCAACACAAACGCAACUGUGAUAUGUGACGGUGUGUUCAACUGUGUCCCAUUCCUGUUCUAG